UAGCCGCAGCUGUUUAUGGUUCCAAAAUGACCAAACUCCAGCUACUGAACGCCUACCUGACGGAGCGGCUGACGGUUGUGGUGAAGGAGAUCCUGGACGUGGUGGAGGACACGGUGACCGAGUACCGGGAGGAGACCGCCAGGACCAAGCGGGAGAACGAGAGCCUGCGGAGGCAGCUGCGGGACAUCCUGCUGCUAGAGGCCGAGACGGAGUGGCUGAGGUCACCAAAGCCACAUCUUGGUUUUGCUGCUCCUGAGCAGCAGCCCUGUGAUCCAGAGCUGAGGCCCCGCUCAGAGGAGCCAGACUCCACCCUGAACCAGCCCAGACAGCCACCAGCUAACGCAGCCAGGCCGACACACGAGCAGGUGGUGGCCGUGCAGUUACUGUCGGUCCAGAGCGACACGUCCCCGCCGCCGGCUGUCCUGCCCGGGGACAAGAAGCCUGCUGAUUCCUGGGAGCUGGUGCUGAAGUCUGACCAUCAGCAGGAGGCGUUUGGGAAAGCUUCACCUCUUCCAUGUCACUCCUCCCUGAGUCCUCCGUCCGCCUCGGUCCCUAAAAUCCACAUUGAAGUUCCUGCACUCAGAGAAGAGCCCCAGAACCCGGCUCCUGCUCUGAUCAAAACUGAGCCUGAGGAAUACAAAGUGACUGAGCCUGAAGGCCCCUCAGACUCUGCGGCAGCAGCUGCACACACUCCCCCCACACAGGACCAGCUCAGACACAGAACAGAUGCAGACCGGACGGAGGUGGUUCGAGCAGAGCGUCACGAAGCUCACGGCCACAAGAAGUCCUCUCAGGAGAAGGUAACGGUCACAGCCAAUGAUGUGACGGCAGCCGGUUACAUCCCCGAGCUCGUCCAUCGCUGCCACCGCUGCGGCGAGGCGUUCGGCCAGGCCAGCAGCCUCCGCCUCCACCUGGAGCAGAAAAGAAAGACCUACGCCUGCGAGUGGUGCUGCAAGUCCUUCGCGCAGUCGGCGGACCUGAGGCGCCACCUGCGCACGCACACGGGCGAGCGGCCGCACCGCUGCACCUUCUGCUCCAAGAGCUUCAGCCAGAGAGGAAACCUGCGGCGACACCUGCGCAUCCACACGGGGGAGCGUCCGUACAGCUGCCCGCACUGCUGCCGCACCUUCAGCGACGGAGACACCAUGAAGAAACACAAGCGCACGCAUUCGGGAGAGAAACCGUACCGCUGCAUCGGCUGCUCCAAGACCUUCACCAGCGCCAGCGGCCUGCAGAUACACUUAAAGAAGGACAUGUGCUUCGUGGCCAACGCCUGAUUGGUCGGUUCAGGGGCGUGUGACGUCCACACGAAGACUCGUCACGCAGCACGAAAGCUCGUUUUAGCGAAGGAGUGUGAGCGCCACAAGCCGGGAGGCUGCAGAUCCAAACAGCACAUAUAUAAUGAUAUAUGUAGUGUCUCAUCGGUGUGACAGUCUUCACACGCCAAGUCGUUACGUCGUUAAGCAAAAAACUGGAAAAUACCACAAAGUAAAAAUACUUCGUGACUCGUCCUGCAGUCAAAGUUAAAGUACACGAUUAUUUUCAUAUCAGAUACUCUUCAGCUGCCAGCAGUGGGCUGUUGCAGAACGCCUCAGAUGUUAUUGUGUUGAUGAUUUCUGAUUCGUCAAAAGGUUUAAUGUUCCAGGUUAACGAAGCUGCUGGAGUUAAAGUGAGCUGCUUCAUGUUCUGUUGGGUCGUUUAAUAUUUAUCAUCUGAUCACAUUCUGUAUGUCAGAUCUUCAUCGAUAACCGUCAGGUAGUUGUGGUGGAGUAGAAGUAUAAAGUAGCAGAAUAUUGAAAUACUCAGUCUCAGUAUUGUACAUUGUAUUUGAGUACAGUACUUGUGUAAAUGUACUUAGUUACUGUUCAUCCAGUAAACUCUUUAAACUGUGAGGAAGCUGCUCUGUUUACUGUCAGAGGAAGAAGAAGAAGAGCAGCAGAAACUUCAUCAGCAGUUGUUGAGUAAUUAAACACGACUGUUACAGCAGAAAAUCCACGAGAGGGAAACCAACAGAUCAAAGAGGUCAGCAGAUUACUGAACUGAUUCAUUCAGAGCAGAACGUUAAAAUGUCUGCUUCAGUCAACAUGUUCCUCAGCUGUUUCUCAACAUGUUCCUCAACAUGUUCCUCAGCUGUUCCUCAACAUGUUCCUCAACAUGUUCCUCAGCUGUUUCUCAACAUGUUCCUCAACAUGUUCCUCAACAUGUUCCUCAGCUGUUUCUCAACAUGUUUCUCAACAUGUUUCUCAACAUGUUCCUCAACAUGUUCCUCAACCUGAGCAGACGUCAGUAGAUGACGUGGCGAUCAGACUGGUGUCACGUGAUCGUUUGGUGUGUGAAGACGUGACGUGUUUACAACCUGCUGACGUGCGAUGUGACGUGGCUGCGUUUUAAAAACUGACUUUGAGCUUGUGAGGACGAGUCCAGGAGGACUCCGUCACGCUCUGCCGUCCUCCAGCUGGACGUCUUUCAUUCACUUUGACUCUCCUGAACGGGACGGGAUGCAGUUCACAGGCAGCUACACACUGACUUCAUCCCGGCCUUCGUGUUCGUUCAUUUAUUUAUUUGACCUCUGAAGCGGACGUGUGGACGCUGGAGAGACGGCCAGCGGCCGAGUCUCCUGCUUCAGCGUCUUCACCCUGAAAGGAGACAAAAGCUCAGCGUGUGAAGGCGAGGAGGCGUCGUCUUCAUCCACAGUUCUCUGUCGGAGUCCUCAGAACCAGGACCCAGAGCAGGGUCAGCUGCAGCAGGUCGAAGCUCUCAGUGCUGUCAAUGUGCGAUCAAUACAGUCAGCUGAUCCGUGACAUCGUUACAUCCUCGCCUCAGCUGGCGGAGCGUCGCUGUGUCGAUCAGACUCAUCGAUGCUCGCAGACACACAAACUUCUUCAUCAUUGAAAAUAACACGACGCACGAUUAUCACGAGGUCCAUUUAGCAGCAGGCCGGAGCUUUCAGUCAAAUAACACAGUCCUCCUCAGCAGCCAGUUAAUGUUAACACAAGUCCGUUCAGUGCUCAGACAGUAAAUCUAAAGUCACAGUUCAGUGACACCUGAGCACCUUCACCUGCACAGGAAGGUCAUGUGAUGCGAUUGAAAGCUCCACAACAGCUACUAAAAGGACCUCAUGGUCGAGUUUGUUUGGUUUCCAAGAUUCCCAGAAUGAACUUGGACUCCACGUUUAUCAGAGAAUGUGUCAGAUUGGCUGCAGCGACACGUUCACCUGGUCUCACCUGGUCUCACCUGGUCUCACCUGGUCUCACCUGGUCUCACCUGGUCCUAACAAAGUAACUCAGUCGAGGUAGAAAACAAUAACAGAUGAGGUCACUUCCUGUCCAGAGGCCUGUUUCAGAAAGCAGCUUUAAGGCUCCGACUGUAACCCUGAACCUGAUCAACCCUGAGAGCUCAACACGAUGGAUCACCAUGACGACGGUAAUUAAAGAGCCUUCGUUUUGAUUCAGGGAGCCAGAAAUAAGAGUUCAUAGCAGCACAGACGUGGAGUCAGUGAGUCCAGCAUCACGAUGAGUUUCAUCUGUCAGCUGACUCGUUAGCUGUAACAUGUCUGUUUUCCUUUUGAAUCAACGUUUAAUGACGUGAAAUCUCAGCUGAAACGUUCAGACUUCAUAUGUUCAGCCUGUUUUCAAAAAGUCACUUUGAGCCCUUCCUCAGCUGCACCAUCAUCAUCAUCAUCGUCAUCCUCACUCACACCAUGAUUUGAUUGGUCAGUGCGAUGUGAGGACGGCAGUGACGGACAGGUCCGCAGUCUGUCUCCGUCCUCACGCCGACCAUGUGACAGAUCUAACGGAGGUGGGGAUGAAACGAUGUCGGUCAGCUGCUUCAGGUGAGGCCUGUUACCGCGGCGAGUGAGCCGCUGACCCAGACGUUCCCUCAUCUCAGGUGAACAAAGAGUUUCCACGAAGCUGCUUGGUGAAACGGAGCCCAGGUGACAGGUGUGUGUGUCGACGGAACGACGACGCUGCUGCUUCGCUGCAGGCUGGCUGCUGCAAUACUGACAACAGAGAAAUCUAUUAUUUAUUUUCUUUUUGUAUCAGUGUUACGAGGCUUCAGAUGUGUCCGAUCUCACGUCUGGAAAUGUUCUCGCUGUUGGGGGGGCUGGCGGCGAAGCGCGCUUCAUGCCGCGGGGCCAGACGACAGAUUAGUGACGGUUCACGCAGCAAACAUGGUGUCGCUGUUAGACUUUAGCGGAUCCUCGUCUGUAUGAUCAUCAGUGUUUUCUCUUCAUGUGAAACUUUUGGAUUUUUUAGGAAAAUAAAUAUUCAGUGAAAGCGAAUCAGAAAUGUUUGAUUGUGAAGUCACACGGUGCAAAAUCUCAACAUUUAGAUUCAGAACAAACAGAUUCUAGAAGCUGCUCAUAGUUUCAGCUGGUGGAGUUUAGUAAAGUACAAGUACGUCAGAUUUGUACUCGAGUAACGGUGUGUAGUUACGCUGCAUCAUGCUGCUCGUCUGUCUGUGGUCGGAGUGUUUUGACUGACCCACAGUCAGAUCUGCUCUGUCUCAGUUUACAGGCAGGACUUCACGGUAUUGAUUGUUCACUUCCUGUUUCACGAGGCGUUCAGUGACCUCAGAGGCCUGUUUGAUGAUGCACAGUCUGAA